AUGAGCAACGAGGAAAUCAGAGAACGGUACGUCCGAGACUUCCUGCCUCGAGUUUCCGUGAAGAAGCUAGGAGGUCGCACUGGUGUCCGCUCAUUCUACCAGAGGGAGCUUCAUUCUAUCUUUGCUUCUCCGGUGUCCGAGUCCUGGCGAACGCUUCUGGAAGUUGGCUGUGGGCCCACGGUUGCCAACAUCUUUCCGGCGACGAGAAAGAUCCGUAGCAUUGUCCUCAGUGACCUGGUACCAAGAAACAUAGAGGAAGUAGAGAAGUGGGUUGAGAAGGCACCGGAUGCCAUGGACUUGUCCUUCAUGAGCGAACCAUUGGCCAUCUUGGAAGGAUACAAGGACGCGAAAAUAGGAGUCGAGGACAUCGAAGAAAGGACGCGUGCGGCCGUCAAGAAAGUGAUUUCCUGCGACGUGCUGAACCCGAGUGUCCUUCCAGAAGGACACAGGGAAGCCUUCGAUGUCGUCCUAUCGAGCCUGUGCCUCCAGUCUGCAAGUCAAGACGAAACCAGCUAUCAAAGGGCCACUCGUAACGUCUCAAGCCUGAUCCGCAAGAGAGGGCACCUGAUACUGUGCGGCAUUGCCGGAUCGACAGACUACACUGUUGGCGACGUUACCUUCCCCGAAGUUUGCCUUUCUAAAGCCAUGGUGGAGGAUGCACUGAGCAGGUCGGGGCUUGAGAUCAAACGCUGGAGCUCACUUGACAACCCGGUCUCAUCUGAGAGUCAGAAAAGAUGGGACUUCGCGUUUGUCGUCCUAGCCGAAAAGCUUUAAAAAGCCGUGACGAGAAUAUAAAG